CCUAUCACCACAACAUUCAAUUGCGCUGAUAAAACAUCUGCAAAUAAUAUAAAACCUGACUUUCUCGCUAUUCUCAGUCUUUAACAUAUAUAUACCCGUAUACAUUCAUUGAUUACCGGAUCAUUGCUGUCAUCUACCCAUUGCAUGGUCUGAACUCUUAACCAUGGCAACAACACAAAUCGGUUGGUAUGGCCUCGGUUCAAUGGGCCUUGCCAUGGCAAGCAAUCUCCAGCGUCAUCUGGCUGCAAAGAAAGCUCUUGGACUAGUCUACUCCAACCGCACGCUGUCUCGAGGCGACUCAUUACAGAAACUCGGUGGAAUGCCCGAGAAGUCGUUUAGCGAUGUUGUCAAGAAAUCCGGAAUCAUCUUCACAAUGGUAUCCAACGACUCGGUGCUGGAAUCUCUAAUCACAAACACAAUCAACUCAGGCACGCCUCUCGCCUCGAAGAUAUUCAUAGACUGCUCCACCGUCCACCCCAACACUAUCACAUCCCUCUCAGCCCAGCUCUCGGCACACCAAGCCACGUUCCUCUGCGCGCCCGUCUUUGGCGGAAACCCCGUUGCGACGGCGGGCAAGCUCGUCUUCGCGCUGGCCGGCAGCACAGAGGAUGUACGCGAGAAUAUCGUAAAACCACUAAUCCUAGACAUCAUGGGCCGCAAGGUGAUCGACUGCGGCGGAGACCCAUCGCGGUCGUCGCUGCUGAAAAUUGCGGGGAAUAUUGUCACCGUCUCGCUGAUGGAGACAGUGGGCGAGGCGCAGGUGUUUGCGGAGAAGACGGGGUUGGGCACGGAUACGAUGGAGGAGUUGAUUACGGAGGCGUUUGGGCCGAUUGCAGGGGGGUAUUCGAAACGGUUGACGACGGGUGCGUAUGCGCCUCCGCUUGACACGCGUCCUGGCUUUGGUGUCUCGCUUUCUAUUAAAGAUGCUGCUCAUGCGUUGAACAUUGCCAAGGAAAAGGGCGUCGAUCUGCCCUCUGUCGAACUUGCAAAGGAGAAUAUGUCUGCAGCGAGGGAGUUUGGUGGAGAGUGUUUGGAUAGUUCAUCUAUGUACGGAAUCCUCAGGCAAAAAGCCGGGUUGGCAUUUUGGAAUGAGAAGAGUCGACAGGGUGGGAAAUAAACCCAGCGUCCAAAAAUGAUCAUAAAUACUGUUCUAGAUAUAGAAUGAUUUUCGCGUCUAUGUAUGUAUGUACUUAUCA